AUGCGCCAAUUUUUGCUUCUCGCCGCUAUCGCCGUCGCGCUUUGCGCUGCCCAAGACAAUUGCUAUAUCAAUGACAGCGGCUUUACCUGCUGCAACAAGGAACUUGAAGCUGCCAUGAAAUCAUCAAUGUCAGGAAGUGAUCUUCUGGGCGCCGCUGAUUCGAUCCAAAAAUCGGCCGAAUCGACACUCGGUGGAAAAUUCGAGACGGUCGUCGCUCUUGACGACUUCGCCUACAAAUCCCACUUCAAAGAGGGAAAAUCGUGCAAAAUCGAGAAGAACGGACAAUACGCUUUGUCGUGGCAACCGUAA